AUGGGCGGGGCUCCACGCGACGGCCAACGCAAAAUACAGAACAACUUAUCAGAGGGUAGCUCGGAUUCUCUAGCAUCGACACCAUUUCAUCGAUCGGCGCUGUUGGGGCAGCCCGUCAUGGCGAACACGGUGGCGAGCGAGCAGCCCACGCAGGACGGGGAGCCGACGCCGAAGGCCUUCGGCACGACGCGCUACUGGGACGAGCGCUACAUGCGCGACAAGGAGCCCUUCGACUGGUACGCGCGCUACGACGCCCUCGAGGGCCUCAUCGAGGCGCAGGCGGCCGGGAAGGACGUCGAGGUCCUGCACCUCGGGUGCGGCACGUCGCGGCUCGGCGAGGCGCUGUGCGGGGCCGGGUACAAGUACGUCAUGAACAUCGACAUCAGCCGCGCGUGCGUCAUCGCGCAGCUCGAGCGCUACGCGUCGGGGCCGCACCGCAACAACAAGUUCAUGCACGGCAACGCGUGCGCGCUCGAGUUCCCCGACGAGAGCUUCGACCUCGUGAUCGCGAAGGCGACACUCGACGUGAUCCGCUGCGGCAAGGGCGCCGAGGGCAACGUCCACGCCGUCUGCCGCGAGGUGUCGCGGGUGCUGCGGCCCGGCGGCCGGUUCCUCGUCGUGUCGCACGCGGACGACUGGGAGGAGGUCCUCGAGGCGGUGUCGGAGCGGGACGCCGGCGACGCCCGGCGCGCCUUCGGCUGGACCCUGGAGCGCGCCAAGGUCCCGAAGCCGCAGACGGACCCGCGGCACCCCGACGGCGCCGUCCUCCACGUUUACAUCGCCACGCGGGACGACCCGGAGGACGAGCGGCCGUCGCUGGCCGCGCUCAAGGGCGUCGGCCAGAAGGUCUCCUCGCUGGCCGCGCUGGGGGCGCUGCGGCCGCUCGCGAACGCGCCGGCGUAACU